CUAACGCAGACGGUGCAUGUUUCAAUUUAUGUUUUAAUUUGCAUUCCACAUCUCGGUCGGUAUAAUUAAUUUUCAAGUGUUUUUUAAUUGCUGCCCCCAAUUCAUUAUAAAUUUGAAUAUCGUAAUACAUUAAAGCCUCAAACAUCGAUAGCUCAGCAUGACGAGAGGUGUUGGCUUUGGCAUUUUGUUCACUUUACUGUGGCCCAUACUCAUAAAUGGACGAUUUCAUUUGAAAAACGUGGUGUGCGAGUCCUUGGACACUUCGUAUUCGGACUUUAAACGGUGUGAAAUGAAGGUCAUUGGACGGGGCGUGACCGCCUUCUAUAUGAUCUGGAAAUUUUAUUCGGUGCCAAUUGACAAUUUCGAACUCAACUUGUCCCUCCACAAAAGAUCGAUCGGAUACCGACCUUUUCUGUUCAAUCAGAGCCUGGAUUAUUGCUACUAUAUGCGUAGUCCUAAGGCUUAUCCAUUGAUAUACAUGCUACACAAGUCAUUUUUGUCUACAUCGAAUAUAAAUCAUUCUUGUCCUUAUGACCAUGACUUGAUCAUCAAAGAUUUUAUCUAUAAAGAUAACGACCUGAAGGAUCUGCCUAUACCCAAUGGUGAUUAUAUGAUACAAAUAAAAGUGGCAACUGAUAAGAAGUAUCGUGCCUGUAUAAAGGUUCAUAUGAAGAGAAUGGACUAAAUCGAUAAAUAAUUUAAAAAUAUUAAACAUGUAUUUAUGUAAGGAAUCUAUUCUAAAAAUUUUUCAGUUGUUAUACUUAGUUUGAUUAGCAAU